GCAAAGAAAACUAGACUCUGGUGGGAGUGUAGAACUCUAGAAUGUCUCCUGCCCUCUUCCUGUGCCAGCGCUGCAAAGAACCCCUGAAAUGCUUACAGCAGCAGGGGGGGCCCUUGGAAGUCCAGCACCACGCCAAUCCCCGCACAGAGAUUCCAGUUUCUGGAGAGUCCCAGGUCAGGACCUCCGGCAGACCCCAAUCUGACGGUGGCAGGGUGUCCCAGGGAAGUGCCCUCUGUGCUUUUACUCUGCUUACCUCUGGCGGACCCGACUCUGAAGGUGGCACGACGCCCCAGGAAAGUGCCUGCUGUAUCUUUACUCUGCUUGGUGAAUCUGCCUCCAUGAGAACUAUGAACACUAUCCAAAAUACUGUCUUAGAGACCUUCGAAAUCCUCUCCGACCAAAAGGUGGUGGACCACCCGCUGUGUGUGGACUGUACCGACAAUCUUCUGAUGCAACUAGACGACCAGCUCGCUCUCCUGGCAUCUGACAACCAGAAGUACAAAAGUUUCCAGGACAGAGAGUUGCUGGUGAGUGAGGAAGAGAGGGAGGCGCUACACGUGGAGCUUUGUGCUGAACUGUCCAGUCUGGAGCAGGAGGAAGCAAGGCUGACCCAGGAGCUGGAGGAUUUAGACGGCCAACAUGCAAAGGUAGCCGCCGAACUCAGAGCAGCCCAGGCCGAGAGCAAGGAGCUGUAUAAACAGCAUGAGCAGCACAGGGUCGAGUACUCUGUUUUCAAGAUGGAACAGCUGGAGCUGAUGGACCAGCUGAGCAGUGUGGAGAACCAGUUGGCGUAUGCCCUGAGUCAGCUGUAUCGCUUAAGAGAGACCAAUAUCUUCAACACCACAUUUACCAUUUCAGAUGAGGGUCCCUUGGGUGUUAUCAACAAUUUUAGGCUGGGCUGUCUCCCCGGGGUCCGGGUGGGCUGGACUGAGAUCAGUUCUGCCUGGGGACAGACAGUCUUACUGCUCUUCAGCUUGUCCAAGAUAGCUGGACUGCAAUUCCAGAGAUAUCAACUGGUUCCCUUUGGGGACCAUUCCUAUCUCAAGUCCUUGACUGGUGAUGGCGUGCUGCCCUUAUUCUCUGAUGGGAGCCAUAGCGUCUUCUUGAAUAACAAGUUUGACUGUGGGAUGAAGGCCUUCCUGGACUGUCUUCAGCAGUUUGUGGAGGAGAUGGAGAGGGAUGAGAGAUGCCCCUGCCUGCCCUAUAGGAUCCAUGUGAAGGAAGGGCUGAUGGAGGAUGUCUGGGACAGUGGGGAGUGCUGCUCCAUCAGGACCCAUCUGAACACGGAGGAGGAGUGGUCCAGGGCUCUGAAAUUCAUGCUUUCGGACUUGAAGUUGAUCCUUGCUUGGGCUUCCUUAAGGUUUUCCAGAGUCCAGAGGCCUUAAGCCCUUCCCUGGUGCCACCACUGCCUUAGACCCCUGAGUGCUGACUGGGCUUGUAUGAACCAACCAAGAAUGAACGAAAAUUACAUGUAUUUGCUCAGCGUGACCCAGAUGUCACUGCUGUGGUCCUUAGACCCUCGUCUCUUUCCCUUGUAGCUGUUUCUCUUGUUCCCCUACACCCAGGCAUUCAAGGUGACAAGGAGAAGGAAUUGCCAGGAGAAGUGGGGCUGAGGCCUGAACUUCCUGAAGAAUUCUGUGGUGACUUUACUGUUUACAGUGGACCUUUGGAGGGCAGCAGUCAUGGGGUGGGACCGUUCAGGGACUGAGUUUCUGUUGUUGUAUAGUAUAACCCUUUCCUUUUCAUCUCUAAGAUGAUUUCAAUAAAUGUCAUGUUCUUAAAUGA